GGGGAAAUAUUUGGGUUUUCUAUAAAACACAGCGUACCACUUCAGCAUUCACUCGCUCAAUAAUUUCAAUCUCAGCUGUUAACGUGAAAUUUUUGUUUCUUAUUUCUGUUGCAUUAUUUGUUGCGUCUGUAUUAGCUGUUACGAUUAAUUAUUUAUACGGGCUUAAUUAUCUUGAAAAUGAAUUUUUGCAUACAAGCCUUCAUCGCUUUGAUUUUUGCCAUUGCCGUUAGCGGGCAGCGAGGGUGGUCCAACCAGGGAAUGUCCGCACAGGGAAACUGGAAUCGACAGGGAACAAAUACAAGGCAAUUUACCGGAUCCCAGGAUAACUGGAGCCUGGGAAGUGGGGGCCAGGGAAACAACGGUGGACAGGCCAAUGGAAACGGGGCACCAGGAAAUGGUGGACAAAAUAACUGGACCCAGGGAAAUCCGGGGCAGGGAAAUGGCGGACAAGGAAACUUUGGACAGGGAAAUACAGCGGAAGCCACGGGUGGGCCGGUGCGCUGCCAUUGCACGAAAAUCUACAUGCCGGUGUGCGGUGUGAACGGUGUUACAUACGGCAACGAGUGUAUGGCCAAGUGCUCAGACGCCGAGGUAGCACGUCGAGGACGAUGCGAUGGUACCGGUCCUAUACUUAUACCCCGCCGUAAUUAGCCCCUUGCGUAAUAAACUGAUAGAGCAAUAUGUCUAUUCCCGGAUGCGAAGAAACAUUUGGAAAUGUAUUUAAAAAAAUCCCAAGUGAACUGUUUUAUACAGGAUGAUAGUGGUCGUUGGGCCUUGAUUGGCGCUACGGUUGUUGUAAAAUUGUGCUGGCACAUUUUUUUAUUAAACGAUAAUCUGAGCUG